CUGACGCGCAAUGAUGUUCGCUUUGGCAACGCGUUGUCGGUCCAGCAGGAGCCAGCGCCUGCACCUGCUCCAGCACCUGUGCCUCUGCCUGGCCGCGUUCAUGCUGAUUUUGAGCACAUGUGAGGCGCAAUCGCAGCCUCGCAUGAGCCGUCGACCCAUAGCAAAGACAAAUGUGGAGGAGUCCAGUGAGCGCAGCGCUGUGCCCGAUCAGCUGGCUCAGGCCGCAGCUCGUGUCGACGGACAUGGACGCAACUAUCCAAGACGUGGAGCUCCAAUGCAUACCAGGACCAAGGAAUCAAACACAGACUACAACUAUGGCCAACUGGAGCUGAAUCUGAUACGACCCGAGCAUGAGACGUCUUCAUUGCCACCGCAGAGCAAGCUCAAUGCUUACUACUCCAGCAGCGGCCUGAGCACAACCGCCGAGUCCGCUGGAGCUGCCGCUGCUGAUGUGAAGCACGAGAAGACGGCCAUGCUGGAGGACUCGGAGACGGCAGCCGAGUACGUGGCCAAUGCCAUGAAGAGGGCCUAUGGCUCAAGGUUCAAGGAGCAGCAGACGGCACUGCGCACUGCGGCCAAUACACAACGUCCCUAUAUUCCCAGCUCCAGUUCCAGUUUCAGCUCCAGCUUCGACCAGCAGCAGCAACAGCAACAGCAGCAGCAGCAGCAACAACAGCAGCAGCAACAGCAGCAGCAGCAGCAGCAGCAGCAGUUGCUGCACCAACAACAUCAGCAGAAACAGGAGCAGAAUCAAGCCAAGGCUCAGGCACAAGCUCAAGCGCAGGCGGCGCUGCUGGAGGCGCAGAUGCAGGCGGAGCUGCAGGCACAGCUUGUGCAGCAGCAGGCGCUGCUCCUAGCCGAACAGCAGCAACAACAGCAACACCAGCAGCAACAGCAGCAGCAGCAGCAGCCGCAACAGCAACAGCAGCAACAACAACAGCUGCAGUCACAUCCACACUCUGUCGAAUCCGCAUCCAGUGAAUCCUCUCCAGCCGCUCCAGCGCCCGUCUAUGAGAAGGAGUCGGUGCCACGCAACUAUGAGCUGUACGAGACAGCCAGCCAGGCCGCGCCCUCUGGCGGCGAUAUCGAGCGACUCUAUCGCACAAAGUACUACAGCUAUCCAGCACCGCAGCCGCAGCAGCCACAGCAGGUGUAUCGCACGCUGGAGGACGAGGCGGAGGAGAAGGUGCGACUCUCGGCAUCCACUGAAAUCCCCAAGGCUGAGAUCAUGAAGCAAAUUGAAAAGUCCGUCAUCAAGUACAUGAAGGAGCUGGAGGCCGAGGGCAAGAUCAUAACCACACCGCAGGAGCUAGCACCACCAGCCACAAAGACCUACUACAAGCUGCUGUCGCUGCCCAGUUCCAGUGGCUCCAGUGGCUCCAGCUCCUCGGGCAGCUCAAUUGCCAAUGAGGAGAAGCGCUACAGCAGCAGCACCGUGCGGCCCAAGUACAGCAGCCCGCCAUCAACGAGCCAGGGUCGUCAGCCGUCGCAGUCCAUGCAACAGCAGCAGCAUGGUCAAUAUCAUGGCCAGCACCAUCAGGUGGUCAAGCAAAGCUCACAUGGACUGACCAAGGCGCAGCGCUACCAAUCCGAAACGGAAACGGCCUACCAGGCGCCAGAGAUUGCCGCCGACUCGCUGGCUCCGAACGUGGAGUUCAUCUAUAAGAUCAAGACGCGGGCGCCACUGCAGACGGCCACCGUGAAGACCGUAUCGAAGCCCUAUACCCUGCCGCUGAAGAGCAGCGCGGAGCACUUCGAUCAUGGCGCAGCGCUCAAGAACAUCGAGGAGUUCGACCUGUCGCAUGUGGUCACAACGCCAGAGCGGGAGCAGGAGGAGCAGCGGGUCACGAGCAAGCCACACAAGCUGUACUUCAACUCGGAGAUCUACCACGACAUCAACUCGUUGCCCUACAAGGGAGAGAAGCUGCGCGGCAGCGGCAGCGGCAGCGGCAGCAGCGCCAGCAGCCUCCACGCCAUUCAGGCUCAAGAGUAUCGGCACAAGCUGAAGGCAGCGGCCGAUCUGCAUGGGGACUACAAGGGCUACUCGGGCUACUUUGCGGAGCCGGGCGCCAGCAGUCUGGAGCUGGGCGAGAAGAGCCGAGAGCCGCCCAGCGGCAUUGGCAGUGAUGGCAGCGAGGAAGGCUAUCCGCUGCCCUACCAGUACGUGCUGAAGAAGGAGCCGCUGUCCUCCAAGUACGAGGAGGAGCGCGAGAGCUGGGAGCAAUCGAUGCGCCUGGCCCAUGGCAAGCCCAGCAGCAGCGGCGGCUACAAGGCCAGCGGCAGCAGCAGCAGCUCGACCAGCCUGGAGUACGACAGCUACAGUCCCAAGUUCAACAACAAUCCGGAGGGCUAUGGCUAUCAGCACACAUACAAGACGCAGCUGGUCCGCGGUGCCGGCUCAGCCAGCUCGGGCAGCAGCUCGGCUGGCAAGCGCGGCAAGCGAGGUGGUGCCCCACAUCCUGGAGGCGCUGGCGGUGUGCCCGGCAAGAAACUGUUGCGCAGCAAUGCCGGCUCCUCUGGCCUCGGCGGCACAAUUGGCGUGAACGGCAAGCUGGUCAAGGAUCUGGAGGCCAAUCUGGCGCUUCGACCGCCCCCCAAGAAAUAGUCUGUUAUUUAGUAUAUUAUAUGAGCAAUUGUUUUUAAUACCGCAAAGAUAUGCCGUUGUUUUUUAUUUUUUUA